UGCUUCCUGCAGGCCACCUAAACAGCCAUCGCAAUGUUGGCAUUGAUCAAGCCAGCUGCCAGGGCAGCCAGGCACUGGGCUUGGGUACCAGAGCCCAGCCUGGGAGUCCUCUCCAGUAGCUUUGGGCACAGGGAGACAGCUGCGUGGAGAGGAAGUGCUUGCCCUCACACAUGUUGCUCCUGGGAUAAGUGUUCGUUUUCUGUGUGUAAUCCUCUCAGCUUCUCCUUCUUAUGUCUCUGUCUCUUCUCUCUCUCUCUGUCUCUCUCUCCGUGUCUCUCUCUCUCACUCUCUGCCUCCCAUCCCUGCCACCCUCUUCCACCAUCUCCCUGUCCCCAUCAUUUCUAGUCUGUCCUCUAGGGACCCAGGGCAGUCAGUGCUCUGUGGGCUGCCCACCCCCACUGCCAAGCUCCAGGCUCCUGCCUGCUGCCCUCUGGGUGCCUGGCGUGUGACUGUCUCCAAAGCUGCUGGCUGAGUGAACAUUCUUCUUUGAGCCUCACGUCCUGGGAUCCUGGAGGCUCUGAGCUGAGCAGCCCCAGAAUGCCUGGCCUGCUGAACUGUGUCACAGGGGCAGCCCUGCCUCUCACUGCAUCGGAGGUCACCUCCUACGUAAGUGGCUACGCCCUGGGCCUGACGGCUUCCCUCACCUAUGGCAACCUGGAGGCUCAGCCCUUUCAAGGUCUCUUCGUGUAUCCGAUAGACGAGUAUACCACAGUGGUUGGUUUUGAAGCAAUCAUUGCUGACCGUGUUGUGACCAUACAGCUCAGAGACAAAGCCAAGUUGGACAGAAGCCACUUGGAUAUCCAACCCGCCACUGUCACAGGGAACUUUCCAGAAGACGAGAUUCCCAUCGCACUGGGAAAGGUGACCUUGGAUGAGGAUCUGGAGCGAAUUCUGUUCCUGGUCAACCUGGGGACCAUUGCUCCCAUGGAGAAUGUCACCAUCUUCAUCAGCACCUCCUCCGAACUCCCCACGCUGCCCAGCGGGGCCGUGAGGGUUGUUCUGCCGGCCAUCUGUGCCCCGACCGUGCCUCCAUCCUGUACCCACAAGUUUGGCUCCUUCAGCCAACAGCCACGAGGCAAAGACCCACACUGCUUCGGCACCCAGACCAAGGACUCCUGUAACAGGCUGUGUCUGGCCACUCUCCUGGACACAAAGGUGACUAAUCCAAUGGAAUAUGAAUUCAAAUUUCAGCUGGAAAUCCGUGGACCAUGUCUGCUCGCAGGGGUGGAGAGUCCCACUCAUGAAAUCCGAGCAGAUGCAGCCCCGUCGGCACACUCAGCCAAGAGCAUCAUCAUCACCUUGGCCAAAAAACAUACCUUUGACCGGCCAGUGGAGAUCCUUCUCCACCCUAGUGAGCCUCACAUGCCGCACGUCCUGGUGGAGAAAGGGGACAUGACCCUGGGGGAAUAUGCCCAGCACCUGAAGGGAAAAGCGGAUUUCAUCCGGGGGACAAAGAAGGACAACAGUGCGGAGCGGAAGACAGAAGUCAUCCGGAAGCGUCUCCACAAAGACAUUCCCCACCACUCAGUCAUCAUGCUUAACUUCUGUCCUGACCUGCAGUCUGUGCAGCCCAACCCGAGGAAGACCCAUGGGGAGUUUAUCUUCCUCAUCGACAGGAGCAGCAGCAUGAGCAAGACCAACAUCCAGUGCAUCAAGGAGGCCAUGUUGGUGGCCCUCAAGAGCCUCAUGCCUGCGUGCCUCUUCAAUAUCGUUGGUUUUGGAUCCACAUUUAAGACAGUCUUUCCUUCCAGUCGGAUCUACAAUGAGGAGAACCUGACUGUGGCAUGUAACUGCAUCCAGAGAAUGCGGGCUGACAUGGGAGGCACCAACAUGCUCUCCCCCCUCAAGUGGGUCCUGCGGCAGCCACUGCACCAGGGUCACCCACGGCUCCUCUUCCUGAUCACGAAUGGGUCCGUGAGCAACACGGGGAAGGUUCUGGAGUUGGUGCGGAAUCACGCCUCUUCUACCAGGUGCUAUAGCUUUGGAAUUGGAUCCAAUGUCUGCUCCCGACUGGUCAAAGGGCUGGCGUCUGUAUCUAAGGGCAGCGCAGAGUUCCUGAUGGAGGAGGAGCGGCUGCAACCAAAGAUGAUCAAAUCCUUGAAGAAGGCCAUGGCCCCAGUGCUGAGCGACGUGACCGUGGAGUGGGUCUUUCCGGAGACCACGGAGGCCCUGAUCUCUCCUGUCAGCACCAGCUCCCUUUUCCCUGGGGAAAGGCUGAUGGGAUAUGGUAUUGUGUGUGAUGCCUCCUUGUACAUUUCCAAUUCCAGAUCUGACAAAAGGCGAAAGUAUGGCACACUGCAUGCUCAGGAGUCCAGCAGCUCUGUCUUCUACCCAUCUCAGGAUGAGGGACUCAGCCCAGGCAGUGGAAACUGUGCCAAGAACUUCAACCAGGGGCAGACCAAAGAUGCCCAUCUAUGCAAUGGAGAGUCCCCCGCCCAUCACGAUCUGGAUGUGUCCCGGCGGCGGAGAGCAUACAGCACUAACCAGAUCUCCAGCCACAAGGCUUGCUCAAGGGCCACCACAGCCAGUGACCCCACUGGGACUGCCAGGAGAUACCCCCUGCGAAAAGCCAAGGUGCAAGACCUUGCCAAUGAGAGCAGCUCAGAGAGACAGCAGUGGCAGAUUGAUCUGCAGUCCCUACUCUACAGAAACCACAACCUGAGCCAGGGCCCCAAAUUUCAUGGCCCAGGAGCCCGAAGGCCUUCCCUACUGCCUCAAGGCUGCCCGUCCACGCGAUUCUUCGGCCAGGAGCCCCAGGCCUGGAGCCCUGGGAGAGAGCUGGAUCGUGGUUCUAGCCGGAAGUCUGCCCCUAACAGCCGAAGCUCCGAGGACCUGGCCACAGAGCUACCCCAUUGUCCCUCGACCUUCGAAUUGGAGACAUCCUUAGACUUGGAGCCCAUGGCUGAGUCAGAGGAGCAAGCCAAUCCCUGCAGGACCUCCACACCAAGCCCUGUGCUGGGCAAGGCUUUGGUCAAAGGCCUGUGUGACAACCAGCGCAUGCAGUGGGAAGUGAGCUUCGAGCUGGAGCCUCCAGCCCUGCAAAGGGAAGACACACAGAAUGCUGACAUGUGGAGCGAGACUUUCCACCACCUGGCGGCCCGCGCCAUCAUCCGCGAAUUCGAGCAUCUGGCAGAGCGCGAGGAGAUCGAGCUGGGGUCCAAUCGCCGAUACCAGGUGAACGCCGUGCACACCAGCAAGGCCUGCAGCGUGAUCAGCAAGUACACGGCCUUUGUGCCGGUGGACAUAAACAAGAGGCAGUACCUGCCCAUGGUGGUGAAGUACCCCAACUCUGGUGCCAUGCUCAGCUUCCGGAACUUGACCCGACAGUGGAGGGGCUCCUCUGCUGGCCUUCGAAGGCCCCAUUCUAUGUUCCGAGAACUCUCCUCAGCCGCAGGAGACAGCAAAUUCCAGACCCUAGCCCUACAAGACAGCCCUACUUCAACCUUCAGUAAAAGCCCAUCCCCCAGCCAUGAGAAGCACACUGCGGCAGAAGGUCCCCCUCAAAUUCUGUCCAUGAGCGCUCCGUCCUCCAUGAAGACCUCCGAGGUUCUCUUUGGAUCUAAGUUGAAUCUCAACAAAUCCAAGCUGCUGACCCGAGCUACCAAAGGCUUUCUCAGCAAAUCAUUGUCCAAGGCUCCAGAGACAACCUCAGGCAGCCAGAGCUCGGACUACAUGCCACUGGUGUCUCUGCAGCUGGCCUCGGGAGCCUUUUUGUUCAACGAAGACUUCUGCCAGACCAUCCAAAUCCCCAUGGAGAAACUCAAGUGGACCUCACCCUUCUCCUGCCUCCGAAUGUCCCUUGUCACCCGCCGACAGGAUUUGAAGACCCAGAGUCCACAGGACUGCACCAGACUCUCCUCUCCACCCCCACCCUCUGAUGACAUUUCCCUAAAGUCUGAAUCUGAAGACAGCUCAGACCAGGAGUCCAGUGCACUGCUGGAGCACACAGGAAAGCUAUGGGCCACUGUGGUGGCACUGGCGUGGCUGGAACACAGCUCAGCUAACUACAUCAUUGAGUGGGAGCUAGUGGCAGCCAAGGCCAGCUACUGGGUGGAGCAGCAGAAUGUGCCUGAGGGCUGCACCUUGAACACACUCAAAACCACCGCUCGCCAGCUGUUCGUGCUCCUGCGACAUUGGGAUGAGAAACUGGAGUUCAAUAUGCUCUGUUACAACCCCAAGUAUAUGUAAGGGCCGGGGAGAGGGAUGAUGGGCUGUUUUGGUUGAUAGGGGAACUUUUUGAAAGCCGUAGCCAAUAGAGUAUUACUAGAAAGAGCCUCAGACUGGCAGUGGGUGGGCCUGAAUUUAAUCCCAGCCUUGCUACCACCUACUAACUUUAGAUCAGUCACUGCCCCAUCAGGGCCUCAAUUCCCCCUUCUACAAAACAAGAGGGUGAGGUAGAUUUUUUUUAAUGGACCCAAUAUUCUUCCCAUCCAGAUCUUCAAGAAACUCCAGGUCUUGCUGGGGCAUAGUGAGAGAAAUACACACACACACACACACACACACAUACACACACACACACACACACACACACACACACACACACAUACACACACACACGGGUCGGGGAGAUGAGAGAUGAGCUUUUCCUUGGAGAAAGACUGUUGGCAUGUACUACGGACAGCAAUAUCCCAGUCCAGGGGGGGAAAAGGUAGAUAAGAAAAUCCAUAAAAGACAAGAAACACAAACUUGCUCCAGGCAAUAAGAGACCUCCUCUGUCUGUUGCAUUUUGGGAUAGGCUUGUGUCUCCAUGGUAACAAUCUAGAAGCUCCAAAUCCCACUAGCAAGCCAACUAGAGAACCAUCAUUCCCAAGACUUUGCAAAAGAUCCCUCCUAGUAGUUGAGUACAUGUCCACGGUAUGAAGUCUAGCUUCCUGUCUUAGAUGUGGGCAGGACCACGGGGUCCACGGUAUGAAGUCUAGCUUCCUGUCUUAGAUGUGGGUAGGACCACGGGAGAUAGAUUCCCUUCCAGACAAAACAGAAGAUGGUGGCCAUGGCCUGCAGAAUUAAUCUAGACUAGACAAGCUCACAGGAUCAGUGAAGAAACCAGACUUAAAUAACUUUACACACCUUCUGUUAUUGGAUAAAGUGACUCCCUCCAUUUGUAUUGAGAGGCUAGAGGGGCACGUCUGUGUGCAUUGCAUUCUGGGAUAAUGGAGUCUCUAGCCAGGUGACCACAUCAUCAUCUGGCAGACAGAAAACUCCUCUGCAGUAGAAAAAAAGUUUGGGCUGCAGUGUGUCUUGGACAUGGAAGGGAAUAAAACAAUCUUGAAAUGU